AGUAGGCUAAAAGAUCUCAAAAAGUAACACAUUAUGCCACGAUCUAAAGAGACUCAAGGACAGCUGGGAAGCAAACUGACAUCUGUCUGUAUGGAAAGGUUUGAAAAGUUAUUUCUAAGGCUUUGGGACUCCAGUGAACCAUACUGAGAGCGAUUUUCCACAAAAGGAGAAAACUUGGACCAGUAUGAACCUUCCAAGUUCAUACUAACAGUCAAACAUGGUGGUGGUAGUAGUGUGAUGGUCUGGGGUUGCUUUGCUGCUUCAGGAUGGCUUGCUGUAAUUGUUAUAACCAUGAGUUCUGCUCUUUACCAGAAAAUCCUGAUGAGACUCACUGAAGGACAAGUUCACCUGGGCUAUGGAAAAGACCAAUGAUCCAAAACACAUCAGCAAUUCGACCUCUGAAUGGCUUAAAAAAAGAAGAACAAAGAAAAAGUGUGUCAAAAUUCCUCCAAUGUCACGUGAAACACUUAUUGCAAGUUAUUGCAAACACUUGACUGCAGUUUUGCUGCCAAGUUGGGCACAACCAGUUAUUAGGUUUAGGUGGCAGUUAUUUUUUUCAGAGGAUCAGGUAGAUUUGUACAGAUUUUUUUUCGCCUUAAUAAAUAAAACUAUCAUCUAAAAACCGCAAUUUAGAAACAGUAAAUAAACACUUUCGGGUCGUUAUAAAGAUAUAAACUAAAUUAAUUAUUAAAUUAAUCUAAAUGAAUCUUUUCUGGUAUUCCUCGCCUCAGCUAAUAUAUAAUUUUCAUUUCUAUUUACCUUUUUUCCAUUAAAUCUUUUCUUUAAAUCAUGAAGUGUUGGCUGGCAGGCAACGUCAAUACGUCAUUUCCUGAAACCAGAUUGGGUGCGCUUGUGUAAAACGUUUCAACACACGCCAGGGGUGGAGUAUUGUGUUUUGAUCUGAAGCACCGCCCAUUCGGCAGAUUCCAAUGAACACUGCGAAUGACUGCGAGCCUGUCAGUGAAGGCGGGAGGACGAGAAGGCAAACUUUUGAUGGACGUGAACGAGCUUUAUUUGCAUCGCGGGAACAACAGCAGUGCCAUUUAUGUUUAUCAACAGGUGACUCCAAACAGUACUCGAGCUAGUAUGUGUUAUUAUUCCUAAAUAAGUUCCUCAGCAUUCAGUGUUAGUGCCCGUGCUGUUUUGAAGCUCAGUGCGGUUAGAAGCUCUCCAAGUUGCUAAGCUAACGUCAACUUUAGAGCCGGUUUCCUUCUGGACUUUUUCAGUGGAAUGGCCCCCAGAAAACCAAAGGGAAGCGAUGCCAGCCUUCCUUUCGCUGCUCUCCAGCUGCUUGCCCCGCCUGUGCGUCUGGUGUCUGCAGCCCUGUGGAAGGUGCUGAAGCGGAGGGAUGUGAUGCAGUAUGGGGUUGUGGAGGAGUUCGUGACAUCUUCCUGUGAGGCUGUGCCUGGGUUGCUCACUGUGAGACACCAGGGCAGGCUGACAGUGGGGCUGAGAGCAAGAUUGAUCUUGGAGCUGUGCAGUUCACAGCCUGAUGCUGAGGUGAUUGAGGAACACCUGGAACGAGUCCGUGUACCUGCUGGAACUUCUUCAAGUAAGGAUGUAAAACUAAUGAGAACAGUGAGAGAUUUCCAUUCUUUGAUUCACACGUUCCUCACAGACCCAGCGAUUAGAGAAAAGUUCUACAAAGAAGUGUUUCCUGUGGAUUAUGGAGCAACGUUUGACCAGGAGCUGGAGAAGCUGCUGUGGGAGUUUUUGGUUCGACUGGACCAGCUGCUUCCUGUUCCCAACCUAGUACAGACUGCAGCGUGGCUCAGUGACGCCCCCCCUGUCCUGGAGGAGUGUGCACGGGCAGCCACGCAGCCUCAGCUCCUGAAGAUUUUACUUCAGCAUGAAACCUGCCUUGGCCACCUGGAGUCAGCAGCGUCACUACCUCCGAAUAUGGGAGACUCCAUCCUGGCUUCACUCUCUCUGCCACCAUCGGGAAGAGUCCCAUCAGAUCAGCCGACAGCAGCCAGGAAGUUGUCAGUGGCUGAAUCUGAGGGCGCCGAGCCAAAAAGCAAACCUUCAUUUAUCGCACCUGUUAUUGGACUAAUAUCGAAUGAAGACGUCCCGGUCUUGAACUCUGGCAUUAAAAGAACACAGAGAAGUGAUGGUCCAGCUGACAAUGCUGGACAUGAGCAGCUGAACUCCAAAUUCACCUCAGUGAAACAGAGGCCAAAAGCCAAAGAUAAAGGAGCGAAAGAAGGGCGAGAGCAGCUGGAGGAGGAGGGAUGCACCCUAAGUCAAAGGAGUGGGGUGAAGCGCAAGAACUCUGACAGAGGAGAAAGCGAUUUGGAGGAGGAAGAAGUUCUAAGUGUAACAACACCCGUGGAAAAGAGACUGAGCGGGCAGACGCAGAGUAAAGGUGGCCAGAGGAGGAAGGAAGGCCGAGCAGAAACUAUAAGAAAAGAGGGAUGCAGCAGGAAAGUCCUGGCAGCCCGGAUGAGAAAGCUAGGUGUUAAAACACUAUAUCACCCUGAAGAUCAACACCUCUACUCUGUUUUUGUCGAUUGUCUGAUCAUGGAGCCCAGGGUUGUCAUCGAAGAAAUGUCAGCUGCUUCUCUCAGGGCUAGUACAUCUGGGCCAGAGGAAACAUCCUCUUACCAGGCACAAAACAAGCAGAGGAGGAAGUCACCGGCCACAACGUCAACGCAGAGACAGACAAGCAGCCAUCUGUCGUCUGACACAGAGUCUCCCGGCUCGCAAGACAAAGAAAACCAUCCUGCACUACACAGCAUGAGAAGCUCUCCCUCUCAGCAGCAGAGUGACACAGAGGUGCUGGCCGGUGCAGAAAAUGACGACUACGUGGCUGAUUCAGAGGAUGAAGCGACGAAGAACUUCAAAGUCAGGCUGUUUAUGAAACGCUACUACAAGACCAAACACGGCACCUACGUGCCCACCCUGAGGGAGUUUUGGAAACCUGCGAUGACCCGGCGCCGCUUAUUGUCUGCUGGACACAAACGGAGGUGAUGAAAUGAUUUUUGUCCUCCACCGGCGACAUGGUCGGAAAGAAUAACAGGUUUUUAAAUGCUAUCGAGACUGAUGGACACUUUUAUCUUCCAUUUGCUUGAUAAUAAACCUGACUCAGGGCGAUUAAAACUUGAACAGGUGCUUUGACAUCGUGGAUAAACGUAGCCACGGUUACAGGCAGUGUCAUACAGCUUUUUUAAGUCAUUUAAAUUGCAUUUUUUAAAAACAUAUCUGGAUUGUCUGUUACAAAUGUGAAAUAUUUUUAACUUGCAAUAUGUAAUAAUAUCUCUGUUAAUAAAGUUUGUGAUUUUUGUAUGAAAUGUAUGAAAUAUAUGAAAUUAAAUACAAAAUAAAAACUGGUUGAUGAUGA